AUGUCCAAUCCUAGCAGCUGGCUCUCACAACCCUACCACACCGACUUUUUCACCGUUGGACAAACGGAAAGUACCCCUCCAACGGCCGCCGCCCCCGGGGCCUCCAGGAACGGAUUCAGCCUCAGCCCCGACCGUGGCCGCGUGGCCAAGCCGGCCCGCCGCCGGUCGAGGGCUUCACGCCGGACUCCGACCACCCUGUUCAACACCGACACGGCCAACUUCAGGGCCAUGGUGCAGAGGUUCACCGGGGGUCCCUCCGCCGCGUACGCCGCCGAACCUCAGCUCCCGAGCGGCGGUGGGCUCAACUUCAUCGAGCAUAUGACUUCCGGCGGGGGUCGGCCGGCGGCGCUCGGCAUUGGAAGUCAGUAUCCGAGCCAGGAGAUGAUGUUCUUGUUGGGCGGCGGCGGAGGGCCGGCGCCCGCACCGGCGCCGGAACCUGAGAAUGUGGAUAGGAGUUAUGAAAACUAUUUUAGCUAA